ACCUGAGCCGAAGGCAGACGCCUAACGACUGAGCCACCCAGGCGCCCCUCUAUGCAUGCUCUUGUCCAGUCCUGUUGCAGUGAAUGGGUCUGGGGGCUUCUCUCAGGAAGUCCCUGCCUGGCUUUGGGCCAGGGGAGGUAGGGUGUGAGCCACCCCCUCAGGCCCUUCCUGUGUGCCCCCAGGCCCGGACAUACAUCCAGUCCCUGCCCCCCAUGCCCCAGAAGGACCUCAGGAGCAUCUUCCAUGGAGCCAACCCCCUGGCUGUGGACCUGCUGGGAAGGAUGCUGGUGCUCGACAGUGACCAGAGGGUCAGUGCGGCCGAGGCCCUGGCCCAUGCCUACUUCAGCCAGUACCAUGACCCGGACGAUGAGCCUGAGGCUGAGCCCUAUGAUGAGAGCGUUGAGGCCAAGGAACGCACAGUGGAGGAGUGGAAGGAGCUCACCUACCAGGAGGUCCUCAGCUUCAAGCCUGCAGAACCACCGCAGUCUCCCGGCAGCCUGCAGAUUGAGCAGUGAGGGGCAUGUGCCCGCCAGCCACAGGGACCGGCGGAUGGGCCGGAGUGUGCCGGCCCACUUCCUCAGCCUGCCGCAUUCCCACGAGGGGUGCCUCCCAACACCACUGUGGCCAGCGCCCUGACCCUAGCCUGGGGUCCCCCGCCUGCACGCGGCUCCUCGUGGGCAGUCUGUACGCAUGUGCAUGCACGAUGGUGUGCAUGUGUGCAAGCCGCGGGUGUGGGAGUCUAGACGGAGCAUCCCGGACUUCCUUGGUCCUCCUGCCUCCUUCCAACAAUCUAGGUCUCCCUUAGGACCUCCCCUGGAUGCCACAGGGGUUCCCCUGGGGAGUGUGUCUGUCUCCAGAUCUUCUCAGUCCCAGAGGGCUGUCUCUGGAGGGCGUGGUGCCCUGGGGCAGGGGUCUCUGGAGACUGAAGGGAGGGUCUUGCUUGUCAGAGCUUCUCGACCUGGGAGUGGGGGCUACCCUGGGAAAUGCUGAGACCCGAAGGUCUGAGAGCUGAGACUGCCGCCAGGAAUCACAGGAGCAGACCAUCCCGGGGCCACGUGUUCACCUGGGCUGUGGGGGGCUCACGUGUACUAACGUGCUCCCCUGGCACUGACGUGUCGAGGCACGUGUGACCCUGUGGGUGCCGUGACCAGCAAGAAGCCUGAAGCGAGGGGUCGUACUUCCUUUCCCUCAGUUCCCGGUGUGGGGGGUGGGGUGCUGCCACUGAGAUCCUGGCUGCAGUGUGCGAAGGACUCAGGUGGGCAAGGGGCAACCCGGGGACAGAAGCCAGGGGCUUUCUCCUUGAGUGUGGGGGCUGUGGCAGGCAGGAAGAGCUGGUGGGCACGGGGGCUCCAGCCUUGAUUCGGGGAAGGAGUGGCGCCCACCGGUGUACCCUUGGACUCAGACCCUGACCUUGGCCUGGAGCUGAUGAAGAAGCCUCUGCCCGCUCUACCUCUGCCCACCCUCCGGCCCUGCAGCUGAGCGCUGGGCUGUUCUGGCCUAUGGGUCAGCUCGCAUCUUCUCUUCUUCCAGAACGGAGCUGAUCUAGUAACCUCUGGGACGUGACCCCGCCCAAGAUGUGUUGGGGGUGUGGGUCCCCCAUUGAGGGGCUUCUCUGUGAGGGGGUGGUGUCCCGUGUGUCAGGUGGUGACCUCCCACCUUGCAGAGGUCUCAACGUCAAGUGCCUGCACGAGGGUUUCACAAUAAAGGGGGUUCUCUCUCACUCA